CCUCCUCCUCCUCCCUCGCUGCGCUCCGCUCCGGUGGGUGUUGGAUGUACCAUGAGGUCUCCGCGGCUCCUGGCAGCUCUGUGCCUCCUCCUCACCGCCUCCUGCCGGCUCUGCGCGGCCGCCCGACACGGUUGUUUGUUUGAAAAGAAGCUCUGCCCGAGAGAUCAGCUGUGCAACGAUGACGGUCUGUUCGGACAGUGCCAGUCUCCUCACCAGGAACCCGUCAGGUACCAGGUGUCUGUCCAGGUCCUGCACAGACUGCAGGAAGUCCUCAAAGACCUGAUGGUGCAAGGUCUGACCUGGAGGGACGACGUCACUCAAGAGAUCAUCAGCCGAGAGCUGAGUCGUGUUCCCACCGCCGGCUCGUCCUCCAAAGUUAACGAGAAGUUGCCCAGACAGAUGUCCAGGCUGCCGGGCCCGACUCAGCGGAGGGUUCGUGGCCCUGCUGACCCCGAGACGAUGCAGCAGGAUGCGGACUACAUGAUCCUCGACCCCUCCCGGUCCUCCGUGCGCAUGCAGACGCCCCUGCUGGACCCUUACACCUACCACCAGCAGCAGUACGGCUACCAGGAGGAAGAGGAGCGCUCCCUCAACUCUCUGGACGAUAAUCCAGCUUUCCCGCUCCUCACUACCGCCUCUCGCUCCAGAUCCCGAGGAGACACUUUGGACAGAGACCAGCAGCUCCUCCAGGACCUGGUCUCCUUUUACCUCACCUCCCCUUCUUCCUCCUCUUCCUCUUCCUCAUCUUCCUCACCUGUGCAGUCCCUCUCCCGCCACAGAGGGGCAGCCGCUGCAGGAUUCCCCUCCUCAUCAUCCUCCUCGUCCUCCUCAUUCUUUCCGGACCUGGACUUCCCGCUGGACUACGGCGAGGACUACGUUUCCCAGGUGGCCCAGCUCAGAGAGCAGCAGCAGCAGCAGCAGCAGCAGCAGCAGCAGCAGCAGGCGGCGGACAAGAAGACGAAGGACGAGUACAACGCCCUGUCAGGACUGGAUGAGCGCUCCCUGCAGAGACUGGCUCUGCUGCUGGAUCACUACGGCCUGGAUGUGAAGGAUCUGUCCCCCGAGCAGAAGGACGAGCUGCCGGCCGCUCUGAAGCAGCUGCAGCUGGACGACUCGUACGCCUACAAACAAACCAAAGAUAAAUAUGGAAGUAAUUCUGCACCAGGGAAGAAGAUCACAGAGGGGUCCAUGGCGUACAAGAUGGCCGCCCCCGAGGCUCCGCCCUCUUCAGUCAAGUCCCCCAAACCGGAGGCAGUCCAGAAGGACUCGAGUGCAGCAGCCAAUCAGGACAAACUGAGGAAGACCGAGCCAGCGGCCAAGAGCGAGGAGUACGGAUACAUCGUGACCAAUCAGAGCCCCCUCAGUCUGAACGAUGGUGUGCGUCUGUUGGAGCGUCUGUCAGAGAGGAUCGUUCUCUCCACCAGCGCCUUCAUCAACAUCAGUGUGUUCGGACCCGCCAUCACCUUCAGAAUCAGACCCAACUCCAACAACAUGUCGGCCGGAGACGUGGCGGAGAAAGCUGUUGCAGAAAAGAACUUCUUGGAGUCUGAGACGGGCCUGAAGGUUCUGCAGGGUGGAGUUGGAGAGAGGAAUGAUGUGAAGGCGUUGCCCCUGGCGACCCGAGUCCAGCCCAGCUCCCGCUGGGUGUUCUCCACGUUGGUGGCCAUGGCCUGCAUUGGCGGCAUCCUGGUGGCGGCCAUGACCAUCGCCUGCCUGCGUCACCACGCCCACCGGCUGGCUGCGAAGAAGCUGGGGCUGGGACCGGAGGGAGGCAGCUUCACCCACCAGGAGUACCAGGACCUGUGUCGCCAGCACAUGGCCUCCAAAGGCGCCUUCGGACGCCUGGAGGCUGCCGCCCUCGGUGCCGUGGGAGGAGCGAGCGGAGGAGGAGGUGCAGGAGGAGGAGGUGGUGCCAGUAUCGCUGCAGGAGGAGGAGGAGCAGGAGCAACAGGGGGCGGAGGUGCCGACUCGAGGGUGAGCAGCGUGUCGUCCCAGUUCAGCGAUGGCGCCCAGCCCAGUCCGAGCUCCCACAGCAGCACGCCGUCAUGGUGCGAGGAGCCGGCGCAGGCCAACAUGGACAUCUCCACCGGUCACAUGAUACUGGCCUACAUGGAGGACCACCUGAGGAACAAGGACCGUCUGAUGAAGGAGUGGGAGGCUCUCUGCUCCUACCAGGCCGAGCCCAGCGCCGUCUCCGUGGCUCAGAGCGAAGCCAACGCCAAGAAGAACCGCUGCCCUGAUUCGGUGCCCUAUGACCACUCGAGGGUGAAGCUGAAGGCGGAGGUCAACCCUUCACGCUCCGACUACAUGAACGCCAGCACCAUAAUUGAACAUGACCCCCGGAUGCCGGCCUACAUCGCCACCCAGGGCCCUUUGUCGCACACCAUCUCUGACUUCUGGCAGAUGGUUUGGGAGAACGGCUGCACCGUGAUUGUGAUGAUGACGGCUCUGGUGGAGGAUGGAGAGAAACAGUGCGAUCGCUACUGGCCUGACGAGGGCUCGUCCCUCUACCAUAUCUACGAGGUGAACUUGGUGUCGGAACACAUCUGGUGCAACGACUUCCUGGUGCGAAGCUUCUACCUGAAGAACGUGCAGACGCAGGAGACCAGGACUCUCACUCAGUUCCACUUCCUCAGCUGGCCGGCUCAGGGCAUCCCCACCUCCACACGCCCCCUGCUGGACUUCCGCAGGAAGGUGAACAAGUGCUACCGAGGACGAUCCUGCCCCAUCAUCGUUCACUGCAGUGACGGCACAGGCCGGACUGGGACUUACAUCCUGAUCGACAUGGUUCUCAAUCGUAUGGCUAAAGGUGUGAAAGAGAUCGACAUCGCCGCUACACUGGAGCACGUCCGAGACCAGAGACCUGGGAUGGUUCGCACCAAGGACCAGUUUGAGUUUGCCCUGACGGCCGUCGCUGAGGAGGUCAACGCCAUCCUCAAAGCCCUGCCCCAGUGAAACCAGUACGACCCAGACCGGCCUCCUGUCCGCCCCCCUCGACUCGCAGACUCCUCUCCUACCUGGCCUUUUCUCUCUACCAUGAUGAAGACAGACGUUAUGAAAUGUAACCGUGAUGUCAAUCAAUUUGAAAGAAUUUCUGAAGGCAUCAUAACACCUAAAAUCUGACUUUUAAGUACACAUGGUACUGAUAUGAUGCGUUCAGGGACAUUCAGAGGUUAGAAAGAAGCAUGUCGCAUCAUACUAAUACGUAUUUUACUCAAAUCCCUCUGGAGGCAAUUUCAAAUUUUAAAAAAAGACAAAAAUGUUCAAAUCUUGAUUGAUAGUAAGACAAAACAGUGCACGGAAUUAAAUCAAAAUACAGUUUAUAAAGGCUCUUGAAUCACUUUAAAAUAUAAAUAAUUCAGAUUUUAAAAUAUGUGUGAUCACCUCCAGACAUAAAGCUCGUUUCCUCUCAGCGUAUUCACUGAUCGACAGGUUCCAGAGGGUCACAUAACGUUCCCACCUUCUGACUGCACGUUAACGAGCCGCAGACUAUUUUACUGAAUCUUAAGCCUGAAUUUCUGGUAGCUGUGCUCCAAUUUAAUCCAGAUUGAAGCAAAAACACUAUUUUUCCUCUUAUAUGUGGUUGAAGUUUGUUGAAAUUGUGCUGCAGUUGGGUCAUCGUGUGUCAACAUGGAAGCAAAACUGAUUUUAAAAUGAUUUAAAAGAAUCUAGAUGAGAUUUAAAAGAAAAAAAAAAGAUCUAAUGGAGGACUUAAAGUUUCUGAUCCUGGUGAAGUACUGAUUGUUUCCACUUCCUGCUCGGCCUGUAGCCUCCCUCCUCUCCUCACAUGACGACUAACACCUGCAGAAAAUACGUAUGACGUCCGUCUCUUUGUGUGCCAUUCAGGUCGUUUGAAGUCACUGGAUAUAUUGUUGUAUACCUCAUGCAAGUCAGAAAAUGAAUAAAAAAAACAAAAAAACAAAACAUAAAAUGCUAUUCUGAUAAACAAGAAAUGCUAUUUUGUAUCUGUGAGACCUUAAAUAAAUCUUUUGUGUUUAAGUGC